AUGCUGGCAGAGAAAGAGGAGAAUGCCGACACACGUGAAUUUUUCGACGUAGUAAAGGGUAUCACCUACACCAUGAAUUUCCCAGAGUUAGCCAGAAAACUUUGUUUGGGUGUUGGAAUUCCUGGAUGGCUCUUUACAGUAGAUGCAGACGGGAAUAUGAAUUUGUUUCACCUCAACUCUCGUUCUAUCAUAGAAUUGCCUCACAUGGAUACACUCAAGGGUUUCGAUUUAGAUAAACAUCGCGGUUACCUUGAGUGUUAUGUUGACAAAGCAGUGCUUUCUUCGGAUCCUCAUACAACCGAUGGCUAUAUUUUGAUGAUCAAUCAAGGAGGUCCGCGUACAUUGGCUUACUGGAAACCUGGUAAAAAGGGUUUUAUCUCUGUGGAAACGCGCAAAGCUGCCUAUGCUGAUGUUACAUGGCAUGAUGGUCAGUUUUAUGGAGUUGAUGUUAGGGGAAACGUUAUAGUCUUCGACUUUAGAGGAGGGAUGGAACCAACUAUUGGAAAGGUAUUUCAAGGAGUGCCUUCUGAAUCUAUUUGUGGAAUGCGACUGUACAUUGUGCACUCUUCAGGUGAACUAUUUGUUAUCACACGAGAUGGAAUUGAAACCAAUCCCGAAACAAAGUUAUAUGGUGUUGAAGAGUUCAUUGUUGGGAAGGUUGAUGUGGAUAACGAGAGUUAUGAGAAAGUUGAUGAUUUGGGGAAUAGGUCCCUCUUCCUCGGUUUUAGUGCUUCUCUCGCGGUUGAACAAUAUGGAUGUAAGGCCAAUCAUAUAUAUUUCACGGACGAUUGUACUCUCACUUUCGAUUCUUCUGAAAAAGGAGGCGGAAAGGACAUGGGCGUAUACAAUUUGUUUGAUAAUACCAUCGAGCCUCACUAUGCUGGUGAAUCCUACCACAGAUUCAGUCCUCCUAUUUGGAUCUUCAGCACUCCUAAUUUCUCCGAUUUGUAG